CACUCGCAAACCGGUUGGUCGAUGAUGCCUCACCCAGACAUAAGCUGCCGCUGCCGCUGCCCAGCCAGCCUUUCCAAUUUGCUCCCUUGACCUUGACUCUCGCGGGCGUAUUUCUGUGCACCUCGCCUCCCGUCCGCCCUUUUCUUUUCCUCUUCUUCCUUGCUCUUCUUUUCAUCUGCGACAGGCCACAGGAUCAUUUCCCCGUUGCGCCCAACGCAACCCGAACAAGCAGCCAACGACCCCUCACUGACUUUCAUUGCGUCCUGCAUCUCCACCAGAGGCCCCAUACUGACGUCGGCUUUGCGCUCUCUCACUGGGUACGUAAUUACGAGUUGUCUGUGUGUUUUUUUCUGUCUUUUCUUUUUUCCCCUUGCUGUCCUUGCUGCUGCCCAAGAAACAGCCUGCCGCCUUUCUGUGUGUGAGGGUUUGUGUGUUGUGCCACGUGGGGUUGGUGGCAAGGGGGAGGCCGCGCAACCGGCCCCGAACAAGCAGCACUGCAGCAUCCGCCGUCUCCUGAUUGCUGGUGCCUCAGUUCCAAGGCCUGCAGGUCGCCGUCAGCUGCAGUUCGGUUUUCAAGGUCUCGCUCAAAUCGGGUGGUGGGACUGGGGUGGUGAUCUGCCUGCCUGCCUAGCUGCAGGCCACCAGUGUCCAUGCCCGCCAGCACACAGCCCCUCUUUCCCCUCCACCUUAAAGGAGGCUGUGGCGGCACCACUUGACCGUCUCUCGCCCGCUCGUUCUCUCGCCUGCUGCCACAUAUAGCUGUAUAUGUAUCUGCCUGCUCGUCUGCCUGCGACCUAUCCAACUAACAACAGCGCCUGACGACAGUCGAGAAAGCCUUGCCAUUUUCUUGCCGUUGCCCGCAGGCCUGGAUUGACAACCCCCGCCUGGGCCCGUCGUUGUCGCACGCCUGGAAACACACAAACGCGCACACGUACAAACACUUGAUUGCCUCUCCCUCCACCGCCCGUGUUCCGGCCCUUUCCUAUGUCUGGGUACGACCACGAACCGCGGCGGACUACCCGCCGCGAGUAUCGAGAGGAGCGCUAUGAGGAGAGGGACCCUCGCUACUUCGAGGCUAGCGACGGCCACCUGAGGCCCCACCCAUCCCGCGAGCUGGUUCCACGCUCGCGGGAGGACAGCGACCUCUCGGUCGAGGAGAUUCGCCGCGAUUUCCCGCCCCCGACUGGCGCCUACCGCGACCGGAGGGCCCGCUCCGCCGAACCUGGCUAUGAUGAUUACGACGACCGCCGCUCCUACUACUCGCGGGACCCUCGGGAUCGCGACCGCGAUCGCGGCCACGGCCGUGGCGCCUACGACCGUGACCGCGACUAUGACCGCGAUCGUGACUACGCCCGCGGUGGCUCUGACCGUGACCGCGACUACGACCGCGACUACGAUCGCCGCUCCAGGAAGGACGAGAGCUUUUACUACGAGGAGGAGGAGAAGGAGAAGCGCCGCCGUACCAUUUCCAAGCAGGAGAAGAUCAUCGCUGCCAUCAGCGGCUUCGCCCUUGCCGUCGGCGGCAAGGAGCUCUACGACCGCCACGAGGCCAAGCAAGAGGGCGAGGAAGCAGAGAUCCAGCGCAACCCCUUGGCGUCUGCCGCACUUGGCGCCGCCGGCGCCCUGGCCGCCUACCAAGGAGCCGAGCUCUACAACAAGCACGCCGAAAAGGAGGAGAAGAAGUCCAGCCUUGUCAUUCAAAAGGGCCGCGAUGGCCAGCUCGUGAGGUAUGAGGGGGAGGAGAACCCCAAUGAAAAGAAGGGCUCCAAAAACUUCCUCGAGAGCGCUCUCGCAGCCGCCGGCCUGGGCGGCGCUGUCAAGGCUCUGACCGGCAAAGGUGACGAUGAUAAGGACAAGGACAAGGACAAAGACCGGGACGGAAAGUCCGACACCCGCAGCCGCCGCGGCAGCCAGGAUAGAUCCCGCUCCAAAUCCCCCGAGAAGAAGAACAAGAUCCAGCAGGCUGCCAUGGCCUCCCUCAUCGCCGGCGCCACCGAGGCCUUCCGCGUGGCCAAGGAGCCCGGCGGCUGGAAGGGCGAAAAAACAAAGCGCAUCUUCACUGCUGCUGCUGGUGCCGCCACCAUCGAUGCGGCCCAGAACCCGGAGAAGAACCAGAAGCUCAGUCUGGCAGAGUCCGUCAUCGGUGGCCUGGUUGGAAACCGCGUCAUCCACGGUUCCAAGAAGAAUAUCGAGGAGGACAAAGCCACGGGCCGCUCGCGCUCGCGCUCGAGGCAUGCCCGCGACUCUAGCGCCAAAGGCGACGGUGGCGGUAGCAGCGGCGUGACCGGGCUGGCUGCCCUGGCAACUGCAGGCCUUGGCGCCAUUGGGGCCAAGAAGCUGAUCGAGAGCCGCAAGGACAAGGACGACGAGGACGACGGGGGCCGCUCACGAUCCCGCGCACGCAGCCGCAGCCGGUCGGCGUCGCGCUCCCCUGAGCGCAAGCGCAGCCGCAGCCGCAGCGUCGUCGAUGGGGCUCGCCGUCGCCUUGCUCGGCUGGGCAUUGGCAACGGCCCCGCCGAUGACGACAAGGAGAAGGAUGAGAAGGACAAGCGCAGCGAGGUCGGCUCACCGAGGGACUCGUCGCGCAACAGGCGCCGUCGCUACUCGGACGAAUACGACGACUAUUAUGACCGCAACCGUAGUCGGUCCCGUUCCCGUGUCGGUGACAGGCGGCGGCGUGACGACUCGGAUACCGAUCUCGGCGACUCGGACAACGAUCGUAGAGAGACGACACGAAAGAGAGAUGGUCGCGACCGUGAACGCGACCGGGACCGGGACCGGGACCGCGAUCGCUAUUAAAUAAGCGUGCGCCCUGCAGGCCCUACCCUCAUCUAGUGCGCCAUCUCGGGCGCCCAGAUCCAAAUCCAGAAAGACAAAAUGCACCGACGCAUUAGCCCGAGGAUGGACGAGGGAUGGCCAGCGUCCCAUGGCCUGAGUGGCCUGGGCUCGGGAGCGGACAGCAGUGGCAACCCGCCUCCCGGCGUUUUCCCUUUUGCCGUUUUUUCUGCCUUCCGUCACCCUUGACUUCUCGCUUCUUGUCUCCCCUGAGGUGGCACUGCCCUCGGCGAUUUCGGCAGUUGUAUUCGCUCUAGCACGAAGAUCGACGAUCGCCUGAUCUCAAAUCUGUACGAUACACUGCACGACGGCGGAUGGUGUUUUUUUGGGGGGUUUUUUUUUUUUGGCUUACAUGCACCCUGCUCCUUACCCUUUGGAUUUUCGCUCCUUUCCCCCACCCAUUCAUGGUAUUACCGCCCAACUGUUCAUGCCCAUGGUGCUUCUGCUAUUUUCCCCCCUGCUUAUUUCUCACGUCCACGCCGCUCACGAGGCCUGGACGACGACACCGGUUAUGAUGAUGCUCACAAGAGGCGGAGGGGUUAGAAGAGGUCAUAUAUGUUGUUUAGCUACUUGAGACAAAAAG